AUGUCUGAAAUUCAAGGUUAUGAAUAUGAUUUUGACAAAUCUUAUAUGGACUAUGAACUUUUGGAAGACGGCAUCAAUCUGGUUCUAUCUGAACUUAUAGCAAUAGAUGAUGACUUAUCAGUAAUUGAAGAGGGCAAAAAUCUUGUAUCUGAAAAUGGUAGUUUGGAUAAUGAACCUGAAGAUAGUCCUCUAAAAGAAAUUUAUAUUGGACAGACAUUUGUCUCGUUUGACAUGCUCGAACAAUGUCUAAAACGUUAUUCAACUAGAAUGGGAUUUGAAAUGAAAAUAGUGCGAGCUGAAAAGGAGGAUAAUAUUUUCAUUUGUAAGACAUAUAAAUGUAGGCAUAGUGGAAAAUACUUAUCUAAGAAAAAAUUAGACUCUACGCAAAAUCGAGAUCGAGAAUCUGGUCGUAUUGAGUAUGAAUUUACUAUAAAUGCUUUAUAUCGGAAACAUAUGAAUCUUGUCUUCGUUAAUAAAUUCAUUGAGAAUCAUAAUCACAUAUUAAAUAAAGAAGAAUUACAUUUGCAAUUUUCACCAUCCUUGCCUGGAGCUCAGAUUAAAAACGAUGCCUCAACUUUAUAUGAAUAUCUUUCAAAAGUGCAACAAGAAAAUCCUGACUGGUACUUUAAGGUAGACUUUGAAGGCAUUGAUAAUAGGCUUUUCAGGAUUUUUUGGAUGUCCUCUGACCAGAGACGCUUAUGGGCUUGGUUUUAUGAUGUCAUUAUUAAUGACAACACAUGCAAAACAAACAAAUAUAUGAUGCUUUUAAGCAUUUUUAUUGUAAUUGAUUCAAAUAACAGAAGUCGUAUUGCAGCCACAGCUGUAGUUUCUGAUGAGAUGGUGUCGACUUACGAAUGGAUCUUAAAACAAACUAAAUUAGCUACUAAUGGUCUUCAACCAACAAUAAUUUUUACAGACACUGAUCCAGUGAUGCAAGUAGCUAUAACAAAUGAGUAUCCUGAAGCUAUUGUUAGGCAUUGUGCAUUUCAUAUUCGGCAAAAUCUAGUUAAAAGGCUUAAGAAAAAGCUUAAUAAUAGGUGGGAUAAUUUUAUUUCUGAUUUUUAUGCUUUGCGAAAUUCUCUUGUUGUAUCUGAUUUUGAUCGUCAAUGUUGGGCGCAUGCAUUUACGAAGUGCAAAUUUUCAGCAAAUACACAUUCGAUACAACGUGUCAAAUGUAUAAAUCGUAUUAUAAAGUUAGAAGCAAACUCAGGAAGUUCUUUAUGCCAACUUCAGGCUGGAAUCGACUUGCGACUUAAGGAUGAGAUCAAGUAUGCAAAGUUACAAGAAUUUAGGAAUAUGAAUCCCACUACUGGACUUCCGCAUGUUUUCAAUACAAUUUUUAAGAAAAUUAAUGAUAUGUGUGUAAAAUAUCUUACACCAAAUUCGUUAGCUUUACAACGAAAACAAAUUUUAGAAAGCCUUCUAUAUAGGUCUUUACUACAUAAUAAUGAGCUUAAUGUUAGUGCUAGUCAGCAAUUGGAUCAUAAAGUGGGAUUUAUCGAAGAUGAUUAUGAGGAGCCACAGAUCUUAUUAAAUAUAGCUUUAGAGGAUUGUUCCGAUAGUCUAGUACAAAGUAAAAGUAAAUCACUUCCAACUGUAACAUUUGAGACAUUAAAAAGAAUUCGUGGUCAAGAAGUUAAUAGUAAAAUUGCAGUGAAAUCAGAUUCAAAAAAAGUUUCUUAUGGUCGUGAACUCGGAAUUUGUAAAAAAGCAUUAAAUAUCACGAUUAUGAAUGGUAUCAAUAAGGUUUUAGAGGACCUACUGCAACAUUUUAUUAAUGAACAGGUUUUAGCACAAAGUAGUAGUACUGCUUCAAACUUAUCUGAACAAGGCAUAGGUCAAGAAAUUAAUAGUUUUAUAAUUUCAAACCCUUCUCAACAUAAAGGCAAGGGGCACCCCGCAAAUAAGAGAUAUUUGUCUGCUAUUGAGAAUCAGAAUAACAAACUU